AUGGAUGAGUAUGGCGGGCCGGCGGCGCCGCCCCGGCCGCCCAAGCCGGCGGCGCGCGUCCACAGGCCGACGGGCGCGCGCCAGCCCACCGUGUCACUGCUGCGGCCCCGGCCCGAGGCCGAGCGCGAGCGCAACGCCUACGUGGAGGCGCCGCGAAGAGCUCACGCUGCCGCACCGGUGCCUUCGGCUGCGCACCAGCCCCUUAAGCCGGUGACGACGCAGCCGGCCGCCGCGGCCGACAAGCGGCGCGCCGGCGCCUUACCGGCCGACUCGAUCGUGUGCGAAACCUGUGGACGCUGCCGCUGCGAGCAGUGCGCCCGCCCGAGGCCACUGCCCUCGCGUUGGCUGUGCGGCUCGUGCCUGUGCAGCGCCGAGGCCUGUGUCGACUACGCAUCGUGCAUGUGUUGCGUGAAAGCGCUGUUCUACCACUGCGGGAGCGGCGAGGAGGAAGCGGGCGAGCCGUGCGCGUGCGAGCCGCGGCUGGCGUGCGUCGGCGCGCUGGCGGUGCCGCUGCCGUGCCUGUGGCUGUACUGGCCGCUGCGGGGUUGUGCGGCGGCGGGGCAGGCCCUGUACGCGCGCUGCCGCCGGUCCGGCUGCCGCUGCCCGGAGCCUCCGCCGCGGCUCUCCAGUAUUAUCUAG